AGGGAGAGACCAGGGCCUCCGGCGCGUGGCUUCCGGCGCCAGGCCUCCGCCGCGUUGGUUUUUCGGUUGUUGGUCGGGGCGGCGGGGCGGUCUGCGGUCGGGCCGAGAGUAGGGAGCAAUGGCGACCUUUGUGAGCGAGCUGGAGGCGGCCAAGAAGAACCUGAGCGAGGCCCUGGGGGACAACGUGAAACAAUACUGGGCCAACUUAAAGCUGUGGUUCAAGCAGAAGAUCAGCAAAGAAGAGUUUGACCUUGAAGCUCAUCGGCUUCUCACGCAGGAUAAUGUGCAUUCUCACAACGAGUUCCUCCUGGCUAUCCUCACGCGCUGCCAGAUCUUGGUGUCUACACCAGAGGGCGCCGGCUCUCUGCCCUGGCCCGGCGGCCCUGCCACCAAACCCGGAAAACCAAAGGGGCGGAAGAAGCUUUCGUCUGUUCGUCAGAAAUUUGAUCACAGAUUCCAGCCUCAGAACCCCCUCUCGGGAGCCCAGCAGUUUGUGGCAAAGGACCCCCAAGAUGACGACGACCUGAAGCUGUGCUCCCACACCAUGCUGCUGCCCACGCGGGGCCAGCUGGAGGGCAGGAUGAUCGUGACGGCCUACGAGCACGGCCUGGACAACGUCGCCGAGGAGGCCGUGUCCGCCGUGGUCUACGCCGUGGAGAACCACCUUAAAGACAUAUUGGCAUCCGUUGUGUCGAGAAGGAAAGCUUACCGGCUCCGUGACGGGCACUUUAAAUACGCCUUUGGUAGCAACGUGACCCCGCAGCCAUACCUGAAGAACAGCGUCAUGGUGUACAACAGCCUGAUAGAAAGCCCUGCAGCUGCCCCCGCUCCCGGUGCCGGCCAGAACCCCGCGCCCCGCCCGCACCCCGACGAGGCCGAGCGGCAGGCCGCGCUCCUGCUGGCCUGCUCCGGGGACACCCUGCCCGCGUCCCUGCCUCCCGUGAACAUGCACGACCUUUUCGAAGCUUUGCAGGUGCACCGGGAGGUCAUCCCCACGCACACCGUGUAUGCCCUCAACAUCGAGAGGGUCAUCACGAAGCUCUGGCACCCGAGCCACGAGGAGCUGCAGCAGGACAGGGUGCACAGGCAGCGGCUGGCCGCCAAGGAGGGGCUGCUGCUCUGCUGAGCCCGCCCCCGCCCGCGCCCGCGCCGGGAGGCCAUGGGGCGCGCGCUCCCGGACCAGGGUGGACGGGGCACGCAGAGCCUCUCCCACGGAAACGCGGGCGGCGCGCACGGUGUGUUGCUGCUGUGAGGCCGUCGCGGGACGCCUGCCGGAGCGAGGCACACGCUGCGCGACCCCCGCCGAGCCGCAGUGGGCGUGCUCGCCCGGGGUGUUGGGCAGCUGACGCCCUGGGCCAACCUUGUAAAGCGUCUUCUCGUAACUCACGGGUCCUCAUGGUCAGUGCGCCCAGACUUUGAUCGCCAGGCCCGCCUAGGUCCCCACAGAAUGUUUUGGGAAGUCCACGCGCACGUGUUGCACGUCUACGCGCUCAUUCCCUGACUCCUGUGACACACCUGUUUCCGUGCUUUCAAAUGAUAAAGUGAAAAUGACCUGCAUUUGGCAAUGCGCCUGAGAACCGAGUUUGUCGUUUAGAUAUUAUGUUGCUUUUUACUCAGGAGUGUUAGUGGCCCUGCAGUUGCCCCCGGACGAUGUGGACGUGAGGGUGCCGACCCCCGAUGCAGUCAGAAGUUCACUCGUAACUUGUGACUCCCCAGAACUUAGCUGUCCCUUGGUAUUGGGGGGCUGGUUCCAUGGACCCCCACUGAUACCAAAACCUGCAGGUGUGCCCGUCCCCGAUGUAACACCUUGCAGGACAGAGCCAGGGCGCCCACCCGUGACCCCCGGCAGCACGGGGACUCGUGGGAGACCGUGUGCAUGCGGCCUGCCCGGCUCAGGCCCGGUCGUCCAGGGGUGAGCCGCGCGGGAACACGCUUCUCUGUGGGUUUCGUCUGUGCGAACAUGUCCACGGGGGUCAGGGCCAGGGCCUGUGUAUUUGAUUUUGUACCUUCAAUGUGACAAAUAAACUUUUUGGGAGAAAACUUUGUGUAUGAAACAGGUAAGGAAUGCUGCCGUCUACAGAAACCUGAAAAGCCGUGUCUGAUGAGACUUUAGCAAGACGUUUCAA